AUGAAGUGCAUAUUUACACUUAUUGUUGUUACUGCCUAUGAGGGUGUAGAUGUGCGUUUCACUCAGGAACCUCCUAAUCCAAGCUACUUUAACAAUGGUAGUGAUGCCAACCUGAUGUGGGACUACACUGAUCCACAUAAUAACAUUCAUGCCAUUAUCUAUAGUGUUGUGAUAAAUCGUGCAUUUGUCAAAAUGUUGGUUAAUGACAAUCAUGGUGUCCAAGAACAUCCUGAUAUUCCCCCAUCUUACAAAGGAAGAGUUAAAAUUGAAGGAAGAGCUACCCUAGUUAUCGAGAACAUCAACCCUGGAGACAAUACCAUAUUUAGAUGUAAACUCCUUGGAGCUAUCUACACAUUUGCAAGUAGAGUUCAGCUUCUUGUGGCAGAGGCACUGCUUAUAAACAUCUCUUUAAGAGGAAAAUAUUACAUUGAAGGAUCCCCUGUCACCAUGGCCUGUGAGGCCUCUGGGAAACCACUGCCGGAGGAGGUGGCAUGGAUUAGAAAUGGAGUACUGGAAAGUUCAGGGAAGAAAGCUACGUCUUUAAAGUUCGAUAAUAUAAACAGAACAGAUGCAGGACAAUAUACAUGUCGAGCCAAUAACUCAGUGGAAGUCACUUCUAUUGACACAACAAUUGUAGUUCAGUACAAACCUGAAGGUGUGAGGCUCACUACCAGUGCUGCCCAAAAUACCGUCGCUGAAGGAGAUACUGUUUCAUUCAAAUGCAAAGUUACGGCUGCUGUGCCACAAGUGUCAAUUUACAAGUUCUAUUUCAAUGGCAGCCUCCUAAGCGAGAACAGCAAUAGUGAGUAUACUGUCAAUAACGUCAAUCGAUCUCAGCACUAUGGCGAGUACAAAUGUAUCCCACAUAAUGACGUUGGAGAUGGAGCAAAAGCCACCGUGAGACUUAAAAUAAAGGUUCAAAUAAUUUCAAGUACAGUUGCUACUUCAUCCCAAACAACUCCUGCAGCUUCAGAAAGUACAGAUGUUUACCUGACAGCGACAAUACAGGGGAACUGUAGCACACGUUCAGAAGUUGCUGCGAAAUUUCCAGAAAUGGCUUGUCAAAUUGCCUUUAAGUUUGGCUGCUCAUCCGCCAACACCGUGAACACGAGGUGUGGUAGUGUUGUUCUCGACUUCAUGAUGAGGUUCAAUCGAAGUGUAGUCGUCAGCGAUGUUUUGACUGUCCUGUUGGAUGCUGCAAGGCAAGAGAAAUUCGGAGGUUUCAAAGUCGAUCCAGAAUCAAUUAAACAAGAUUUUAUAACCACAGACGGUCCUGAGGAAUGUAACUGCCCAUCUAACAACGUCUCGUUAGCCAUAAAUGGGGUUCUUGCCUUCAUAAUCGUUCUUCUAAUUAUUUACAUAAUCUGGCUACAUAAGAAAGGCGCUGUAGGGAAGCAGAGGACUUAUGAGGAUGAAAGAGGUGUUUCCUACAAUGAAACAGGAUUAGAAGAUAGCGAACCAAGUCUACCCGAUUCAGCAAAACUCACCCAGCCUCCUGCGGAAUAUAUGGAUCUCAUAGAAGUCAACAAACAUGAUAGAAAAGCACAAAGAACAGCUCCAGGUGCUGAUUACAUGCCCCUUCAUCCGUUAACACGCUGCUGGGAAGUUCCAAGACAUAACGUGACCAUAGAAAAAAUUAUUGGUAAAGGUGCUUUUGGUCAGGUUGCCAAGGGAACAGCAGUAGGACUUCGAGGGAGUCCUGAAACGACCACAGUGGCUAUUAAGAUGCUUAAAACAAACGCUACUGAAUCGGACAAGAGAGAUUUGAUGAAAGAACUUGACACAAUGAAGCAGCUGAAACCACAUCCUUAUGUCAUUAAACUUCUGGGAUGCGUUACAGAAUCUGAACAGCCGCUGGUUUUGAUUGAAUAUGUGCCUUUUGGGGAUCUGCUGGGUUACCUGAGAAAGAGCCGUGGAUUAAAAGACACUUACUUCAAAGACCCGGAUAUCAAACCACAAACAAAUCUGACGUCACAGCAGCUGAUGAAGUUUGCUUGGCAAAUUGCUGAUGGAAUGAGUUAUUUGUCCUCAAAAUCUAUCAUUCACCGAGACCUUGCGGCUCGUAAUGUGUUGGUUGGACAAAAGGAAACUUGUAAAGUGACAGACUUCGGAAUGGCCAGAGAUGUGCAGCAGGAAAAUAUUUAUGAACGAAAGAAAGAGGGGAGUGAUAUUUGAAAUCUUUAGGGCCGUCUUCCAGUGAAGUGGACAGCUUAUGAGGCCUUGAUGUAUGGUAAAUAUACCACCAAAAGUGAUGUAUGGAGUUAUGGAGUUUUGCUGUACGAGAUUUUUACCAUAGGUGGUUCACCUUACCCACGAAUGGAUGGAAGAAAAAUUGCAAACUUACUUCAGGAAGGAUACAGGAUGCCUAAACCACAACACGUUGAUGAGGAAUUGUAUCAGAUUAUGAUGAAAUGCUGGAAGAAUGACCAAGAUGCAAGACCAACUUUUACUGAAUUGAAAAAUCAGCUUAAGGACAUGGAAACCCUACACAAGAAGCUGAUCAACAUGACAAUGUACGACAAGCAGUUGUAUGCAAACGUCGAGGAUUUAAUGGUGUAGUUAGAUAGAUUUCCGCGGUAUAUGACCGGCUAACAGUUUGAACACUUUGCCACAACAAGUUUCAGGGCUGAAUCAUCUUUUCCUCACACGCUUACUUGGUAGAAAAAGCCAUUUUGUGUUAAGCAAUUAGGCUGGAACGUUAUAACUCAAUUGAUUUUAUAUUCUUAAACGCUGUAACGCUUUUAUCAGUUUACCGAUAAAGUAUACUCUCAUUUUCUCUUUUACAUGUUUAGCACUUACACGCAUGCUCGACACAAGCGUUGGAGUUCAGUUUAUUUUCUGACUCAAUUCUGAA